AUGGCGCGCGCUUCGAACCUGGCCCUGGCCGGGGCGGCCAUGAGUGGCCUCGCCUUGUUGGGCGACGCCUUCGUGGCACCGAACUCCGCCCCCGCGGCGUCGGCGACCAGCCUGCGGGGUUCGCAGGCGGCCUCUCGCGCAGAGACCAGCGCCGGCGCUGCCCCGGCGGCCGUCGCCGCCUGCGGGGCGGCCGCGGCGCUGGUUGCGGGGCGGGCAGGCAGGAAGGGCCGCGUGAGCACGCUGCCCACCAGCGUGGUGCCCUUGGAGGACAGUCGCGUGGCCAGACCCGCCCUGGACCAGUCCAGCCGUUACGCAGACCUGUCCCUAGAUGAGGCAACUCUGAUCAAGAACGGCAAGCACGUGUUGGUGGCCUACAUCAUGAAGCCCAAGGCAGGCUACGACUAUUUGGCCACUGCUGCCCACUUUGCCGCUGAGUCCUCGACCGGCACCAACGUGAACGUGUGCACAACUGAUGACUUCACAAAGUCGGUGGAUGCCCUGGUGUACUACAUUGACCCGGACAAUGAGGAGAUGAAGAUUGCGUACCCGAACCUGCUGUUCGAUCGCAACAUCACCGACGGCCGCGGCAUGAUGUGCUCCUUCUUGACCCUGGCCAUUGGCAACAAUCAGGGCAGCUGGGCACCAGAGUGGAUGUGUGCUGGUUCGAGUACUGUUGGCUACGGCACCGCAUGCAUGGGCGAUGUCGAGUACGGCAAGAUUUACGACUUCUACCUGCCUCCAGCCUUCCUGAGGCUGUACGAUGGACCGUCUGUGAACGUGCAGGACAUGUGGCGCAUUCUGGGCCGCGGCACCACCAACGGCGGCCUGGUGGUGGGCACCAUCAUCAAGCCCAAGCUGGGCCUGCAGCCGAAGCCGUUUGGCGAGGCAUGCUACUCCUUCUGGCAGGGCGGUGACUUCAUCAAGAACGAUGAGCCGCAGGGCAACCAGGUGUUCUGCCAGAUGAACGAGUGCAUCCCUGAGGUGGUGAAGGCCAUGAGGGCGGCCAUCAAGGAGACCGGCAGCUUCAAGCUCUUCUCCGCCAACAUCACUGCGGAUGACCCGAACGAGAUGAUUGCCCGCGGCAAGUACAUCCUGUCUCAGUUCGGUCCUUUGUCUGAGAACUGCGCCUUCCUGGUGGACGGCUACGUUGCGGGCGGCACUGCGGUAACCUGCUGCAGGCGCAACUUCCCCAAGCAGUUCCUGCACUACCACCGUGCCGGCCAUGGCUCAGUGACCAGCCCCCAGACCCAGCGAGGCUACACUGCCUUCGUGCACACCAAGAUCUCGCGAGUCAUCGGCGCGUCCGGCAUCCACGUGGGCACCAUGAGCUUUGGUAAGAUGGAGGGCGAUGCGUCGGACAAGAACAUUGCUUUCAUGCUGCAGGACGACGAGGCGGAUGGCCCGUACUACCGCCAGGAGUGGCAGGGCAUGAAGCAGACCACGCCCAUCAUCUCGGGCGGCAUGAACGCGCUGCGGUUGCCGGCGUUCUUCGAGAAUCUGAGCCACUCCAACGUGAUCCUGACCGCAGGCGGGGGCGCCUUCGGCCACAAGGACGGCCCCAAGAUUGGCGCCAUCUCUUGCCGUCAGGGCGAGGAUGCCUGGAAGGCAUGGAAGUCGGGACAGUACGGCAACAUCAGCCUGAGCGACGGCGUGAUUGAGUUCGCCAAGACCCACGAGGAGAUCAAGGGUGCGUUCCUGACCUUCCAGAAGGACGCUGACCAGAUCUACCCUGGCUGGAAGGAGAAGCUAGGCUACACUGGUGAGUCGUCCGUGCAGGCGGCAAGCUUCGACUGGGCCAAGCGCGCGUCGGCGGCGGUCUUUGUGGGUGCCAGUGUGGCCCCAGCCAAGAAGGAGAGCUCGGUGACCCGCCAGGCUCUUGACCAGUCCAGCCGCUACGCGGACCUGUCCCUGGAUGAGGCAACUCUGAUCAAGAACGGCAAGCACGUGUUGGUAGCCUACAUCAUGAAGCCCAAGGCAGGCUACGACUAUUUGGCCACUGCUGCCCACUUUGCCGCUGAGUCCUCGACCGGCACCAACGUGAACGUGUGCACCACUGAUGACUUCACAAAGUCGGUGGAUGCCCUGGUGUACUACAUUGACCCGGACAAUGAGGAGAUGAAGAUUGCGUACCCGAACCUGCUGUUCGAUCGCAACAUCACCGACGGCCGCGGCAUGAUGUGCUCCUUUUUGACCCUGGCCAUUGGCAACAAUCAGGGCAUGGGCGAUGUCGAGUACGGCAAGAUCUACGACUUCUACCUGCCUCCAGCCUUCCUGAGGUUGUACGAUGGACCGUCUGUGAACGUGCAGGACAUGUGGCGCAUUCUGGGCCGUGGCACCACCAACGGCGGCCUGGUGGUGGGCACCAUCAUCAAGCCCAAGCUGGGCCUGCAGCCGAAGCCGUUUGGCGAGGCAUGCUACUCCUUCUGGCAGGGCGGUGACUUCAUCAAGAACGAUGAGCCGCAGGGCAACCAGGUGUUCUGCCAGAUGAACGAGUGCAUCCCUGAGGUGGUGAAGGCCAUGAGGGCGGCCAUCAAGGAGACCGGCAGCUUCAAGCUCUUCUCCGCCAACAUCACUGCGGAUGACCCGAACGAGAUGAUUGCCCGCGGCAAGUACAUCCUGUCUCAGUUCGGUCCUUUGUCCGAGAACUGCGCCUUCCUGGUGGACGGCUACGUUGCGGGCGGCACUGCAGUGACCUGCUGCAGGCGCAACUUCCCCAAGCAGUUCCUGCACUACCACCGUGCCGGCCACGGCUCGGUGACCAGCCCCCAGACCCAGCGAGGCUACACUGCCUUCGUGCACACCAAGAUCUCGCGAGUCAUCGGCGCGUCCGGCAUCCACGUGGGCACCAUGAGCUUUGGUAAGAUGGAGGGCGAUGCGUCGGACAAGAACAUUGCUUUCAUGCUGCAGGACGAUGAGGCGGAUGGGCCUUACUACCGCCAGGAGUGGCAGGGCAUGAAGCAGACCACGCCCAUCAUCUCGGGCGGCAUGAACGCGCUGCGGUUGCCGGCGUUCUUCGAGAAUCUGAGCCACUCCAACGUGAUCCUGACCGCAGGCGGUGGCGCCUUCGGCCACAAGGACGGCCCCAAGAUUGGUGCCAUCUCCUGCCGUCAGGGCGAGGAUGCCUGGAAGGCAUGGAAGUCGGGACAGUACGGCAACAUCAGCCUGAGCGACGGCGUGAUUGAGUUCGCCAAGACCCACGAGGAGAUCAAGGGUGCGUUCUUGACCUUCCAGAAGGACGCUGACCAGAUCUACCCUGGCUGGAAGGAGAAGCUAGGCUACACUGGUGAGUCGUCCGUGCAGGCGGCAAGCUUCGACUGGGCCAAGCGCGCGUCGGCGGCGGCCUUUGUGGGUGCCAGUGUGGCCCCAGCCAAGAAGGAGAGCUCGGUGACCCGCCAGGCUCUUGACCAGUCCAGCCGCUACGCGGACCUGUCCCUGGAUGAGGCAACUCUGAUCAAGAACGGCAAGCACGUGUUGGUGGCCUACAUCAUGAAGCCCAAGGCAGGCUACGACUAUUUGGCCACCGCUGCCCACUUUGCCGCUGAGUCCUCCACGGGCACCAACGUGAACGUGUGCACCACUGAUGACUUCACAAAGUCGGUGGAUGCCCUGGUGUACUACAUUGACCCGGACAAUGAGGAGAUGAAGAUUGCGUACCCGAACCUGCUGUUCGAUCGCAACAUCACCGACGGCCGCGGCAUGAUGUGCUCCUUUUUGACCCUGGCCAUUGGCAACAAUCAGGGCAUGGGCGAUGUCGAGUACGGCAAGAUCUACGACUUCUACCUGCCUCCAGCCUUCCUGAGGCUGUACGAUGGACCGUCUGUGAACGUGCAGGACAUGUGGCGCAUUCUGGGCCGCGGCACCACCAACGGCGGCCUGGUGGUGGGCACCAUCAUCAAGCCCAAGCUGGGCCUGCAGCCGAAGCCGUUUGGCGAGGCAUGCUACUCCUUCUGGCAGGGCGGUGACUUCAUCAAGAACGAUGAGCCGCAGGGCAACCAGGUGUUCUGCCAGAUGAACGAGUGCAUCCCUGAGGUGGUGAAGGCCAUGAGGGCGGCCAUCAAGGAGACCGGCAGCUUCAAGCUCUUCUCCGCCAACAUCACUGCGGAUGACCCGAACGAGAUGAUUGCCCGCGGCAAGUACAUCCUGUCUCAGUUCGGUCCUUUGUCCGAGAACUGCGCCUUCCUGGUGGACGGCUACGUUGCGGGCGGCACUGCAGUGACCUGCUGCAGGCGCAACUUCCCCAAGCAGUUCCUGCACUACCACCGUGCCGGCCACGGCUCGGUGACCAGCCCCCAGACCCAGCGAGGCUACACUGCCUUCGUGCACACCAAGAUCUCUCGAGUCAUCGGCGCGUCCGGCAUCCACGUGGGCACCAUGAGCUUUGGUAAGAUGGAGGGCGAUGCGUCGGACAAGAACAUUGCUUUCAUGCUGCAGGACGAUGAGGCGGAUGGGCCUUACUACCGCCAGGAGUGGCAGGGCAUGAAGCAGACCACGCCCAUCAUCUCGGGCGGCAUGAACGCGCUGCGGUUGCCGGCGUUCUUCGAGAACCUGAGCCACUCCAACGUGAUCCUGACCGCAGGCGGCGGCGCCUUCGGCCACAAGGACGGCCCCAAGAUUGGUGCCAUCUCCUGCCGUCAAGGUGAGGAUGCCUGGAAGGCAUGGAAGUCGGGCCAGUACGGCAACAUCAGCCUGAGCGAUGGCGUGAUUGAGUUCGCCAAGACCCAUGAGGAGAUCAAGGGUGCAUUCUUGACCUUCCAGAAGGAUGCCGAUCAGAUUUACCCUGGCUGGAAGGAGAAGCUGGGCUACACUGGUGAGUCGUCCGUGCAGGACGCGGACGAGGACACUGUGGCCAGAGAUUGGGAGGGCUAUCUGGACAAGCUCUACACGUUGCUGGUGGCCUACGCCCUGGCUGGCACGGGCCGAGUGUCAGGCGGCAUGGCGCUGCUGAAUGCUGCUGAUGCCUUCGUGGCGCCCACAGUUGCGGCACCGAGCCUCCGGGGCUCCAACGCAGCCGUGGCGCAGGCUCAGAGUGCGCCAUCCUCCAGCGCUUUGCCGGCCAUUGCCUGCGGUGGCGCAGUGGCUGCUGCAGCGGUCGCCGCCCGGACAGGCCGCCAGUCACGUACUUCCAGCCUGCCCACCAGCGUUGUGCCAGUCAAGGAGAGCUGUGUGGCUCGACGCGCGCUGGACCAAUCUAGCCGAUACGCCGACCUCUCCUUAGACGAGCAGACGCUGAUCCGGAACGGCAAGCACGUGCUGGUGGCCUACAUCAUGAAGCCCAAGGCAGGCUACGACUAUUUGGCCACCGCUGCCCACUUUGCUGCUGAGUCCUCCACGGGCACCAACGUGAACGUGUGCACCACCGAUGACUUCACGAAGUCGGUGGAUGCCCUGGUGUACUACAUUGACCCGGACAACGAGGAGAUGAAGAUUGCGUACCCGAACCUGCUGUUCGACCGCAACAUCAUUGACGGCCGCGGCAUGAUGUGCUCCUUUUUGACCUUGGCCAUCGGCAACAAUCAGGGCAUGGGUGACGUGGAGUACGGCAAGAUCUACGACUUCUACCUGCCUCCUGCUUUCCUGAGGCUGUACGAUGGGCCCUCAGUGAACGUGAUGGACAUGUGGCGCAUCCUGGGCCGUGGCACGACCAACGGUGGCCUGGUGGUGGGCACCAUUAUCAAGCCCAAGCUGGGCCUGCAGCCAAAGCCGUUCGGUGAGGCGUGCUACUCCUUCUGGCAGGGCGGUGACUUCAUCAAGAACGAUGAGCCGCAAGGCAACCAGGUGUUCUGCCAGAUGAACGAGUGCAUCCCUGAGGUGGUGAAGGCCAUGAGGGCGGCCAUCAAGGAGACCGGCAGCUUCAAGCUCUUCUCCGCCAACAUCACUGCGGAUGAUCCGAAUGAGAUGAUUGCGCGGGGCAAGUACAUCCUGUCUCAGUUCGGUCCUUUGUCUGAGAACUGUGCCUUUCUGGUGGACGGCUACGUUGCCGGUGGCACUGCGGUGACCUGCUGCAGGCGUAACUUCCCCCAGCAGUUCCUGCACUACCACCGUGCCGGCCACGGCUCUGUGACCAGCCCCCAGACCCAGCGAGGCUACACUGCCUUCGUGCACACCAAGAUCUCGCGAGUCAUCGGCGCGUCCGGCAUCCACGUGGGCACCAUGAGCUUUGGUAAGAUGGAGGGCGAUGCGUCGGACAAGAACAUUGCUUUCAUGCUGCAGGACGAUGAGGCGGAUGGGCCCUACUACCGCCAGGAGUGGCAGGGCAUGAAGCAGACCACGCCCAUCAUCUCGGGCGGCAUGAACGCGCUGCGGUUGCCGGCGUUCUUCGAGAAUCUGAGCCACUCCAACGUGAUCCUGACCGCCGGCGGUGGCGCGUUCGGCCACAAGGACGGCCCCAAGAUUGGUGCCAUCUCUUGCCGUCAGGGUGAGGAUGCCUGGAAGGCAUGGAAGUCGGGCCAGUUCGGGAACAUCAGCCUGAGCGAUGGCGUGAUUGAGUUCGCCAAGACGCACGAGGAGAUCAAGGGUGCCUUCCUGACCUUCCAGAAGGAUGCCGACCAGAUCUACCCUGGCUGGAAGGAGAAGCUGGGCUACACUGGCGAGUCCUCCGUGCAGGCGGCAAGCUUCGACUGGUCCAAGCGUGCAGCGGCAGCAGCCUUUGUGGGCGCCAGCGUGGCCCCUGCCAAGAAGGAGAGCUCGGUGACCCGCCAGGCUCUUGACCAGUCCAGCCGCUACGCGGACCUGUCCCUGGAUGAGGCAACUCUGAUCAAGAAUGGCAAGCACGUGUUGGUGGCCUACAUCAUGAAGCCCAAGGCCGGCUACGACUACCUGGCCACCGCUGCCCACUUUGCUGCUGAGUCCUCCACGGGCACCAACGUGAACGUGUGCACCACCGAUGACUUCACAAAGUCGGUGGAUGCCCUGGUGUACUACAUUGACCCGGACAACGAGGAGAUGAAGAUUGCGUACCCGAACCUACUGUUCGACCGCAACAUCAUUGACGGCCGCGGCAUGAUGUGCUCCUUUUUGACCUUGGCCAUCGGCAACAAUCAGGGCAUGGGUGACGUGGAGUACGGCAAGAUCUACGACUUCUACCUGCCUCCUGCGUUCCUGAGGCUGUACGAUGGGCCCUCAGUGAACGUGAUGGACAUGUGGCGCAUCCUGGGCCGUGGCACAACCAACGGUGGCCUGGUGGUGGGCACCAUCAUCAAGCCCAAGCUGGGCCUGCAGCCAAAGCCGUUCGGUGAGGCGUGCUACUCCUUCUGGCAGGGCGGUGACUUCAUCAAGAACGAUGAGCCGCAAGGCAACCAGGUGUUCUGCCAGAUGAACGAGUGCAUCCCUGAGGUGGUGAAGGCCAUGAGGGCGGCCAUCAAGGAGACCGGCAGCUUCAAGCUCUUCUCCGCCAACAUCACUGCGGAUGAUCCGAAUGAGAUGAUUGCGCGGGGCAAGUACAUCCUGUCUCAGUUCGGUCCUUUGUCUGAGAACUGUGCCUUUCUGGUGGACGGCUACGUUGCCGGUGGCACUGCGGUGACCUGCUGCAGGCGUAACUUCCCCCAGCAGUUCCUGCACUACCACCGUGCCGGCCACGGCUCUGUGACCAGCCCCCAGACCCAGCGAGGCUACACUGCCUUCGUGCACACCAAGAUCUCGCGAGUCAUCGGCGCGUCCGGCAUCCACGUGGGCACCAUGAGCUUCGGCAAGAUGGAGGGCGAUGCGUCAGACAAGAACAUUGCGUUCAUGCUGCAGGACGAUGAGGCGGAUGGCCCCUACUACCGCCAGGAGUGGCAGGGCAUGAAGCAGACCACGCCCAUCAUCUCGGGCGGCAUGAACGCGCUGCGGUUGCCGGCGUUCUUCGAGAAUCUGAGCCACUCUAACGUGAUCCUGACCGCAGGCGGUGGCGCCUUCGGCCACAAGGACGGCCCCAAGAUUGGUGCCAUCUCCUGCCGUCAGGGUGAGGAUGCCUGGAAGGCAUGGAAGUCGGGCCAGUUCGGCAACAUCAGCCUGAGCGACGGCGUGAUUGAGUUCGCCAAGACGCACGAGGAGAUCAAGGGUGCAUUCUUGACCUUCCAGAAGGAUGCCGACCAGAUUUACCCUGGCUGGAAGGAGAAGCUGGGCUACACUGGCGAGUCCUCCGUGCAGGCGGCAAGCUUCGACUGGUCCAAGCGUGCAGCGGCAGCAGCCUUUGUGGGCGCCAGCGUGGCCCCUGCCAAGAAGGAGAGCUCGGUGACCCGCCAGGCUCUUGACCAGUCCAGCCGCUACGCGGACCUGUCCCUGGAUGAGGCAACUCUGAUCAAGAAUGGCAAGCACGUGUUGGUGGCCUACAUCAUGAAGCCCAAGGCCGGCUACGACUACCUGGCCACGGCCGCGCACUUUGCCGCGGAGUCCUCCACAGGAACCAACGUGAACGUGUGCACUACCGAUGACUUCACGAAGUCGGUGGACGCCCUGGUGUACUACAUUGACCCGGACAACGAGGAGAUGAAGAUUGCGUACCCGAACCUGCUGUUCGACCGCAACAUCAUCGAUGGCCGCGGCAUGAUGUGCUCCUUCCUGACCCUGGCCAUCGGCAACAACCAGGGCAUGGGUGACGUGGAGUACGGCAAGAUCUACGACUUCUACCUGCCUCCUGCGUUCCUGAGGUUGUACGAUGGGCCCUCAGUGAACGUGAUGGACAUGUGGCGCAUCCUGGGCCGUGGCACGACCAACGGUGGCCUGGUGGUGGGCACCAUCAUCAAGCCCAAGCUGGGCCUGCAACCAAAGCCGUUUGGUGAGGCGUGCUACUCCUUCUGGCAGGGCGGUGACUUCAUCAAGAACGAUGAGCCGCAAGGCAACCAGGUGUUCUGCCAGAUGAACGAGUGCAUCCCUGAGGUGGUGAAGGCCAUGAGGGCGGCCAUCAAGGAGACCGGCAGCUUCAAGCUCUUCUCCGCCAACAUCACUGCGGAUGAUCCGAAUGAGAUGAUUGCGCGGGGCAAGUACAUCCUGUCUCAGUUCGGUCCUUUGUCUGAGAACUGCGCCUUCCUGGUGGAUGGCUAUGUUGCCGGUGGCACUGCGGUGACCUGCUGCAGGCGUAACUUCCCCCAGCAGUUCCUGCACUACCACCGUGCCGGCCACGGCUCAGUGACCAGCCCCCAGACCCAGCGAGGCUACACUGCCUUCGUGCACACCAAGAUCUCGCGAGUCAUCGGCGCGUCCGGCAUCCACGUGGGCACCAUGAGCUUCGGCAAGAUGGAGGGCGAUGCGUCAGACAAGAACAUUGCGUUCAUGCUGCAGGACGACGAGGCGGACGGCCCUUACUACCGCCAGGAGUGGCAGGGCAUGAAGCAGACCACGCCCAUCAUCUCGGGCGGCAUGAACGCGCUGCGGUUGCCGGCGUUCUUCGAGAAUCUGAGCCACUCCAACGUGAUCCUGACCGCAGGCGGUGGCGCCUUCGGCCACAAGGACGGCCCCAAGAUUGGUGCCAUCUCUUGCCGCCAGGGUGAGGAUGCCUGGAAGGCAUGGAAGUCGGGCCAGUUCGGGAACAUCAGCCUGAGCGAUGGCGUGAUUGAGUUCGCCAAGACGCACGAGGAGAUCAAGGGUGCCUUCCUGACCUUCCAGAAGGAUGCCGACCAGAUCUACCCUGGCUGGAAGGAGAAGCUGGGCUACACUGGCGAGUCCUCCGUGCAGGCUGCGAGCUUCGACUGGUCCAAGCGCGCCUAA